GAGAAGAGGCCGAAGAAAGAGAAAAUUCCUCGCAGGGCGCUCUUUCAGGGGGUGUGGGGGGAGGAAGAGGAACGGAGGAGCCGGGCGCCCCCCGCGCGCUCCCGCCCCGCUCGCCCUCUCCGAGAUCGCCCGCCCGCCCACUCCCCCCGCCGCCGGAGACGCCGCUCGGGAGUCGGCGGGCCCGGCUCGUCUGCUCGGCCGCCGCCGCCGCGCUUCCCCUCGGGCUCCCCAGGCGGACGGACGCCCUUUCUUUCUUUCUCUUGCCCGGCCCGUCUUUCUGUCUGCGUCCCUCGCGGCCGCCCCGCCCGGCGGCCUCGGCCUUGCCCGUGCGCCAGGCCUGGCCGGCGGGCCUCGCUCGAGCUCCGGUUGUGCCCCAGCCUCCCCGCGGACCCGGGGGCUCACGCCCAGGCCCCCGUCCCCGCGUCCCCGGCCGCCCCGCUCCUUCCCGCUCCCCACCCCCUUCCCCGGCCCCGGAGCUCGCGGUGCGUGUGCGCGUGAGUGUGUGUGUCCCUCCGCCAACGCCGCCACCUCAGCCCGGCAAAUGAACUCCGUCCGAGCCGCCAACCGGAGACCCAGGCGAGUGUCGCGGCCGCGCCCGGUGCAACAGCAGCAGCAGCCCCCGCAGCAGCCGCCGCCGCAGCCGCCCCAGCAGCAGCAGCAGCAGCCGCCGCCGCAGCCGCCCCAGCAGCAGCAGCAGCAGCAGCAACCCCCGCCGCCACCGCAGCAGCAGCCCCCGCCGCCGCCGCCGCCGCCGCCUCCGCCGCCGCCUCAGGAUCGUAACAACGCCGGCGAGAGGGAUGAUGUUCCUGCAGAUAUGGUUGCAGAAGAAUCAGGCCCUGGUGCACAAAAUAGUCCAUACCAACUUCGUAGAAAAACUCUUUUGCCAAAAAGAACAGCGUGUCCUACAAAGAACAGUAUGGAGGGUGCCUCUACUUCAACUACAGAAAACUUCGGCCAUCGGGCAAAGCGUGCAAGAGUGUCUGGAAAGUCACACGAUCUCUCAGCACCUGCUGAACAGUAUCUUCAGGAGAAGCUACCAGAUGAAGUAGUUUUAAAAAUAUUCUCUUAUUUGCUGGAACAAGAUCUUUGUAGAGCUGCUUGCGUGUGUAAACGCUUCAGUGAGCUUGCUAAUGAUCCAAUUUUGUGGAAACGAUUAUAUAUGGAAGUAUUUGAAUAUACCCGGCCUAUGAUGCAUCCUGAACCUGGUAAAUUCUACCAAAUUAAUCCAGAAGAAUAUGAACAUCCAAAUCCAUGGAAAGAGAGUUUUCAACAGUUGUAUAAAGGUGCACAUGUAAAGCCGGGAUUUGCAGAACAUUUCUAUAGUAAUCCUGCAAGAUAUAAAGGAAGAGAAAAUAUGUUGUAUUAUGAUACUAUUGAAGAUGCCCUUGGUGGAGUACAAGAAGCACAUUUUGAUGGGCUUAUCUUUGUUCAUUCUGGAAUAUAUACUGAUGAAUGGAUAUAUAUUGAAUCUCCAAUCACUAUGAUUGGUGCAGCACCUGGGAAAGUUGCAGACAAGGUUAUCAUUGAAAACACUAGAGAUUCAACUUUCGUUUUUAUGGAAGGUUCUGAAGAUGCUUAUGUUGGAUAUAUGACAAUAAGAUUCAACCCUGAUGACAAAUCUGCUCAGCAUCACAACGCACACCACUGCUUAGAGAUCACAGUCAACUGCAGCCCUAUUAUCGACCACUGUAUAAUCCGAAGCACGUGCACAGUUGGUUCUGCAGUAUGUGUCAGUGGUCAGGGAGCAUGUCCCACUAUCAAGCAUUGUAACAUCAGUGACUGUGAAAAUGUCGGACUUUAUAUAACAGAUCAUGCACAGGGAAUAUAUGAAGAUAAUGAAAUUUCUAAUAAUGCAUUAGCUGGGAUUUGGGUUAAAAAUCAUGGAAAUCCAAUUAUUAGACGGAAUCACAUUCACCAUGGACGUGAUGUUGGUGUGUUCACAUUCGAUCAUGGCAUGGGCUACUUUGAAAGUUGCAACAUACACAGAAACAGGAUAGCAGGCUUUGAGGUAAAAGCCUAUGCUAAUCCCACAGUGGUUCGAUGUGAAAUUCACCAUGGGCAGACCGGAGGAAUAUAUGUCCAUGAGAAAGGAAGAGGACAAUUUAUAGAGAAUAAAAUCUAUGCAAACAACUUCGCAGGCGUAUGGAUUACCUCAAAUAGUGACCCAACAAUAAGGGGGAAUUCUAUAUUUAAUGGAAAUCAAGGAGGAGUUUACAUCUUUGGUGACGGACGAGGCCUUAUAGAAGGAAAUGACAUUUAUGGUAAUGCGUUAGCAGGAAUUCAGAUCAGGACAAACAGUUGUCCUAUUGUUCGACAUAACAAAAUUCAUGAUGGACAACAUGGUGGGAUUUAUGUGCAUGAAAAGGGACAAGGCGUAAUAGAAGAGAAUGAAGUUUACAGCAACACUCUGGCUGGCGUCUGGGUGACAACGGGCAGCACACCAGUACUGAGAAGAAACCGGAUACACAGUGGCAAGCAGGUUGGUGUCUAUUUCUAUGACAAUGGACAUGGUGUUCUAGAAGAUAAUGACAUCUACAAUCAUAUGUAUUCAGGGGUUCAGAUAAGGACUGGAAGUAACCCCAAAAUUAGACGCAACAAAAUUUGGGGAGGACAGAAUGGUGGAAUUCUAGUUUAUAAUUCUGGUCUAGGCUGCAUAGAAGACAAUGAGAUAUUUGACAAUGCAAUGGCUGGAGUCUGGAUUAAAACAGAUAGUAAUCCUACGUUAAGAAGAAACAAAAUCCACGAUGGGAGAGAUGGUGGCAUCUGUAUAUUUAAUGGGGGUCGAGGUCUCCUUGAAGAAAAUGAUAUUUUCAGGAACGCUCAAGCAGGUGUUCUUAUCAGCACUAACAGUCAUCCAGUCUUAAGAAAAAACAGAAUAUUUGAUGGAUUUGCUGCAGGUAUUGAAAUUACAAAUCAUGCAACUGCAACACUAGAAGGCAAUCAGAUCUUUAACAACCGAUUUGGAGGCUUAUUUUUAGCAUCUGGUGUUAAUGUGACAAUGAAAGAUAACAAAAUAAUGAACAAUCAAGAUGCCAUAGAAAAGGCUGUUAGUAGAGGACAAUGUUUAUAUAAAAUAUCAAGUUAUACCAGCUAUCCCAUGCACGACUUCUACAGAUGUCAUACUUGUAACACCACAGAUCGAAACGCCAUAUGUGUGAACUGCAUUAAGAAGUGCCACCAGGGACAUGAUGUAGAGUUCAUUAGACAUGAUAGGUUUUUCUGUGACUGUGGUGCUGGAACACUGUCCAAUCCUUGUACAUUAGCUGGUGAGCCUACACACGAUACAGAUACAUUAUAUGACUCUGCUCCACCUAUAGAAUCUAAUACGUUGCAGCACAACUGAAUUCCUUCCCUAAAGAAAAAGUCCUGCCAUUCUAACAUAACUUAAACAUCUUUUGGAAGAUAAAAUACUUGCCCAUGCUACAGAAAGAGACUGUACUGAAAAUGGAUACACAAGGUCAGUUGACACUAUGAAGCUCAAGCUACCAAAAAGAAAGUGGCAAUAUAGUGACUCAGGAUCUCAGAGCUGGGUAUUUUAGCAUUACUGUGUAAAGACUUUUGAAGGGACAGAAGUGAAGAAAUAAGCUGCAAUUUUGUACAGAUGCCAACUUCUGAAAAGGCUGGUGUUUUCACAACUAGCAUUGAAUGCAGCCUGGUUUGCAGUCGUAAUCUUCAAUAGACAAGCAGCUUUGUCGCUGCCUUUGCGGACAUGGGUACCGAUUGCUUUUGUACUAUGGUAAAAAAUGUGAGCUAGCACUUCUGCAUUGAGUUUUUUUUUUUUUAA